GUCAGAUAAGAUCAAUUACGUAAUAAUACAAACUGACUUCGUGUUACUUGAAUAAAAAUUAUAGUUUGCAGAUAGGGUGGGAAAUCAAUUUAUUACUAGUAUGGACGUGAUCGUGCCACCUUAGUUCUGUUUGCAUACAAUUUGUGCACUUUAAAGAAACUCAUGGUCUCUCUAGAAAUCUUCAGAAACACAGGCAUCUUGAAAGUAUUUUUCACAUGUGGAUGAUUAACCAUGAUAGACAAUUUGAUACGUUGCUCAGAUGAUGUAUAUAGUUUUAUCAUCAGUAUGGAAAGCACAAUACAAAUUUCCACGUUUCGGCCAAGCCUUCUGUACUGCUAUUUUAAAUUAUUCCAAUAAAGUAUCAUCUCCAACUUCUGCUGCAUCUACAUCUACAUCUGUUGUUGCAAAGCCACCAGAUAGUACAGUACUUAAAAGUAGAAGUUUUGAAAUAACAACAAAACUUCAGCCUGGAAUCACAGUUACUAGUGACACAUUCACACCAAGAUCUUCACCAAAACAUAGACUAGUAGCGGAGGACAAACAAUGGCACGAAUUGAGAACAGACUACUCGAAGCUUAUACAGCAUUAUUUUAUGCUGUCGAAAAUAAGGCUUACAUGUCUGGUUGUAAUGACGACUAUGGCAGGCUAUGCAUUAGCUCCAGAACCACUCAGCCUGACAACAUUUGUUCUUUGCUCUGUGGGAACUGGCCUUGUGUCAUGUGCUGCAAAUUCUAUCAACCAGUUCUUCGAGGUUCCCUUCGACUCUCAGAUGGCUCGAACCAAGAACAGGGUUCUUGUUCGAGGUUUUCUUACCCCACUUCAUGCACUGACAUUUGCUGCAGCAUGUAGUGUGAUGGGCCUGUCAGCCUUGUACUGGGGUGUUAACGGACUCACCGCUGCACUUGGAGCUACCAACCUUGUUCUUUACACCCUGGUGUAUACACCCAUGAAACGAAUCAGUAUUCUCAACACGUGGGUUGGGGCUGUUGUGGGAGCAAUACCCCCAUUGAUGGGCUGGGCAGGCUGUGCUGGCACACUGGAGUCUGGAGCAUGGAUAUUACCUGGCAUUUUGUAUGCUUGGCAGUUCCCGCACUUCAAUGCUCUCUCCUGGAAUUUACGUCCUGAUUAUUCUCGAGCAGGAUAUAGGAUGAUGUCUGUUACAAAUCCAGAUCUUUGUCGUCAGACAGCCCUCCGUUACACUGGGGCGUUAUUGGUGUUAUCAUGCCUUGCACCUGUUUUAGAGGUGACCACAUGGCUGUUUGCAGUAGGGUCAAUUCCACUUAAUGCUUACUUCAUGUACUUAGCCUGGCAGUUCCAUCAAUAUUCAGACAGUGGAACUUCACGAAGGCUCUUUCAUUUCUCACUGAUUCACCUACCAGUGCUAAUGGUUAUGAUGCUGCUCACCAAGAAACAGAGGAGUCCUACUUCAAACAGGAAUGAUGCAGAUGAGGUGAGUCCAAACCGCUGUUUACAAAUCGAAGAAACUAGUCUUAUCUGUAGUAAAUGAUUGUCAUGAUGUUGUAGCACCAUAUGUACAUAUUCCAUAGAUAGAUGAAGUUGUAAUUAGUUGUUUAUCUGAAAAUACAUAUCCUAGUUAUUUGAA